GGCCAUAAAACGAAAGAAGAAGAAGAGCCGUGGUUUUGUUUGUUUUUAUAUAUAAAAUAAAAUUUUUGAUAUGGAUCCAGUUAAUAUUAAUAUUUUUGAAUCUGAUGAUGAAGAUUUUGAAGAAGGAAUAUCUAGGCUAAGGCAUCCAAAAACUUUUAGAAUUCGGUAUAACUUUGAACGGUUAUGCAAUGGCCUUAAGCGUGUUGAACGACUUCUGGAUUGGAAAAAAGUUAUUACCGAAGCCUACUUCCCCAAAUUGGAUAGCUUAAUAGCCAGUAGAACGUGGCCUGCCCGCGUUGCUAAUGAGAAACUGUCUGAUCUUAAAAGAGAAGCGGAUCAGAUUGUUCAGGAUGUUGCUGAUCUUGAAAGAUGGAGGGAUAGAAUUUUUGAUGCUAUUCACAAUGGAAGAGCUAUGCGGCGUGAUGGUAGCUUUGUGAAUUUAACAGAAAACGAAGGUAUUGACAUUUUGGGAAACAUAGUUGAAUCUAGUAUUCUUUCACCUAAUAGAGAAUUCUAUGGAGAUUUACACAAUAUGGGCCACGUUUUUAUAGCUUUUAUUCACGAUCCUGAUAAUAGACAUCUUGAAUCUUUUGGCGUUAUGGGUGAUACCGCAACAGCUAUGCGUGAUCCUAUUUUCUAUAGAUGGCAUGGCUUUAUUGACAAUAUCUUUCAACAAUUUAAAUCUACGUUACCAAGAUACACUAUUGACCAGCUGAAUUAUUCGGGAGUAACUAUUGAAAGUGUUUCAAUAGAAUCUGAAACUGGAACAAAUACGUUGAAUACCUUUUGGCAACAGUCAGAUGUAGAUCUUUCCAGAGGGAUGGACUUUCAACCUCGUGGUCCUGUACUUGUGAGAUUUACUCAUCUUAAUCAUCAACCAUUUAAUUACCGUAUUAUAGUAGACAACAAUGGGGCUGUACGCCAAGGAACUUGUAGAAUCUUCAUGGCUCCUAAAUACGAUGAAAGUGGUAGACCGUGGUUAUUUAGAGAUCAAAGAAGUCUUUUUAUUGAACUAGAUAGAUUUAGAGUUGAUCUAAGACAGGGCCAAAAUACUAUUACUCGUGCUUCAACCGAAUCUACCGUAACCAUUCCAUUCGAAAGAUCUUUCCGCGACUUAAAUGCUAACAGACCUCAAGGUGGCGACGAUUUAGCCCAAUUCAACUUCUGUGGAUGCGGAUGGCCACAGCACAUGUUAAUUCCAAAGGGAAAUACAGACGAUCCAGGAUUCAGAUGUGAACUUUUUGUCAUGAUCUCUAAUUACGAGGGUGAUAAGAUUAAUCAAGAUACUUCAGGAGUUUGUAAUGAUGCCGAUGUUUUCUGUGGUGUUAAGGACAAACUCUACCCUGAUCGCCGUUCCAUGGGCUAUCCAUUCGACAGACAACCUAGGAGAGGCGUUGACAACUUGCAGCAGUUCCUUACACCUAAUAUGAGAGUUCAAGACGUUGCAAUUAAAUUUUCUAACAGAACAUUCAAACCAAGACAAAACAACUAAAAUUUUAAACAAAACACAUUUAGCGCCAUGUGUCCACCGGUGGACAUUUUCAAUGUUUAAUUUAAGACCUCGUGCCCACCUGUGGAUUUUUGUUGCUUGCUUCAAGUCACCGUGGCCAUAUGUGGGCACAGUUUAUAUUAGUUUGACGUAUGAGACUGAUUUUUGGUAGAAUAAAAAAGAACUGAUGUAAUUGUGUGUUUUUACAUCGUUUAUUACAAAAAUCAAUUUAAUUCUUUCUUUAUAACGGUAAAAAUAAAUAAACAAACUAAGAAAAAUAUUAAAAAAUAAGUAAUCUUAACGUAUUUUUAAUACAACAAAAAUAAUAAAAUUUCUGGAAAUAAGAUACUCGCAAGAUGAUUCUGAAAACAAUCGAGGCACAUUCGCAGGUUACACUUAUCGCAUUAUGUAUAAUAUUCUUUUCGAAUUUUUACGAGCAUAAACUGGGUUUUGUCGCUGGGAUAUAGUAUUAUAGCAUGGGCUGCACCUUUUGCUGGUAACCCUCUUUUGUCCUUCGUAUUCUUUCAAGAAGUGUUUUAUCUUGAAAGUGGAGGGCCUCGAUGGUAUUGGAUUUAAAUCAUGUUAAAUCAGAGUCUUUACGAUAUUUUCUUUGAAUUCCAUUAUACCCAAUUUCUUAUUAUUAAUUGUGUUAUACAGAUGCAGAGCAUUUACUAUAGCUGUGGAGUAACAAAUUAAAAAAUGAGUCGCUUAUACUACUUGACGGUUCUUCUCACGUAUGGCGCAUAAGAUGCCAUCUGGUUAGAAGUGUCGACAAUUUUGUUUUUCUUUGUUGUAAUCUACAACCAUCGCUGGUUUAUAAACUUCUUUUUCUCUGCGAUUUACUGUCACCAUAGAGUCGUCAUGUUUGAAACUGAGCAUAAAAAAAUCCCCUUUAUCUUUCUAUUUGCAGACAACUGUUUUAUUUUUGUUUUGUUGAAUAAUAACUUCAUGCUUUCGUAAUUUAGCUUCUACCACAUCUGGGGGAUUAUAUUUUUUGUUUGUCCUUAUGGUUCCUACUAUAUGUGUUUGCCGUUGAAUCAGACUACUAGACAAUUUUUUCGACAACUUAUGUAUCGUCCGCUCUUUGUUUGCCCAUGUAGACUUUUAACGACAAUGUCCAGCAACACAGAGUUGGCCUAUUAUUGGGAAGUUUAAGAAGUGUCCUUCUUCGGGAGUAUAAGAUUCUUUGAAUUUCUUUUCUAGAAAAAAUUUUGAGUCUCUUAUCGGGAUCUAUUGGUUGCUCAUUGUUUGAUAGAUGAAACAUCGAAAGUACCAUCUCAAAUCCAUUUCGGCUCAUUAUUUUUUUAAUUCUAUUAUCAUAAAUUCUUUUUUGCUCCAUAAAUCACUAAAUUUUGGCCAAUGUAUAAGGCCCAUUAACAAGACGAUGCCCAAAAAUUUGCGCAUCUCUGUACGAUCAGUGUCAAUCCAUUUGUUUCUAGAGUUCCUUUUUCUUUUGGGCCACCUUUAUUUGCAGUAUUUAUUUGUGUAGCAAAUCUAUUGGUUUCUUCCACAAACAAUGAGAUAAUCUCAUCGUCUAUGAAGUGUCAAAAGUAGCGUAUAGGAGAAGCUUCAUAAAGUUUCUGGAUUAUAUAUUCAUUUACAUCGGUGUAGGUAUAAAGGAAAUUAAAUUUCAGUCAACCUCCUGCCACAGCCUCCCACUUGGUCUGGGGUAUAUUAUCGGUAAAAGGAACUACUUUAGCAGCUACGAUCUAUACCUCAGAUACUACUAAUUCAUUGUCACUUGAAUGGGAGCUUACUUUAUUAUAUGAGUAAUCUCGAUCUGCAAUGAAGUGAUCCUCGGAGUAGUCUGCUGCAUUAACAUAAACAAAUUUUCCAACUCCCAAAUCAAGUCUUCUUCUGUAAGACCCUUCUUGCCAUUAUUGUUUAAAAUCUGCAACAAAAGAAAUAAUGAAAUGCUUGACCACUGGUAGACAUUUGGUCCUACAAUGUAAAAUUACAACCUGGGGCCGCUUGAUUACCAGUGGUCACUAAAAAAGUUUCUAGAAAAAGAGCAUUUUAAAUAUUUGGUCUCAGGGAGUAACUAACCAAUUACAGCGUGGCGCUAAAUGUGUUAAAUAUAUUUUAUUUUUAUAAUCUGUUAUAGAAAAAAUUCAACAUUAUAAUCAUUAUAGUGAAAUAAAGUAAUACAUUUACUUACCU